AGAGGGAGGGGAAAGCUGGAAUGCCUCCUUUUUUCCUCCUCCUCCUCUGUCUCUCUCAGCCGUCAUCAUCAUCAUCUGGGCCUCCUGGUCUCUGUUUGCUCCUUCCUUCGUGCUCCGGCAGGAAGUGUUGUGACUUGCUUGCUUAGGAUUACUAUCGGGAGAGGAAUGCUGGGCUUCCAGAUUUAACUUUCUGGGCGUGGAGGGGAGCUCCGACAUUGGGACCGGGAUCGGUGAGCCGAACGGGUCCGAUCUUCUCCCAAAUCCGGACUGGGCAAGAUCAGGCCCUGAAACGCUAUUGGAGUGGUUCCCUCUCGCCGUCCAGCUUUGCCUCUCUAUGUGUCCGCAGAUGAAGGAUUGAGCCCAAUCACUGAGUACAAACAGAGGGGUCCUGCCUUUGAUGCAUAAAAAUGGCCAACGUUACCCAGAUAUCCAAAGAUGAACUGGAAGAACUCAGAGAGGCCUUUGCCAAAGUUGAUCUCAACAGCAAUGGAUUCAUCUGCAACUAUGAGCUGCAUGAACUCUUCAAGGAGGCCAACCUUCCACUCCCCGGAUACAAAGUGAGGGAGAUCAUCCAGAAGCUCAUGAUCGACGGGGAUAAGAACAAAGACGGGAAGAUCAGCUUCGAAGAGUUUGUCUACAUCUUUCAAGAGGUGAAAAGCAGUGACAUCGCCAAAACCUUCAGGAAAGCCAUCAACCGAAAAGAAGGCAUUUGUGCCAUUGGCGGGACAUCCGAACUCUCCAGUGAGGGAACCCAACACUCCUACUCAGAGGAAGAAAAAUACGCCUUUGUGAACUGGAUCAACAAAGCCCUGGAAAACGACCCGGAUUGUAGGCACGUCAUUCCGAUGAACCCAAAUACGGAUGAUCUCUUCAAAGCUGUUGGCGAUGGGAUUGUUCUUUGUAAAAUGGUCAACCUUUCUGUCCCCGACACAAUUGACGAGAGAGUGAUCAACAAGAAGAAGCUCACACCGUUCAUCAUUCAGGAAAACCUGAACCUGGCCCUGAACUCAGCCUCUGCCAUUGGAUGCCAUGUGGUCAACAUCGGGGCCGAGGACCUUCGGGAAGGGAAGCCGCACUUGGUCCUGGGGCUCCUCUGGCAGAUCAUCAAGAUCGGCUUGUUUGCGGACAUUGAACUCAGCCGAAACGAAGCGUUGGCCGCUCUGCUUCGAGAUGGAGAGACCUUGGAGGACCUCAUGAAGCUGUCCCCGGAAGAGCUGCUCCUGCGCUGGGCCAAUUUCCACUUGGAAAACGCCGGGUGGCACAAGAUCAACAACUUCAGCUCCGAGAUCAAGCUUACUGACUUCAAUAGCUGUGUAAAGGAUUCCAGGGCCUAUUUCCACCUCCUCAACCAAAUUGCACCCAAAGGACAAAAAGAAGGAGAGCCGCAGAUCGACAUCAACAUGUCCGGCUUCAAUGAGAAAGAUGACUUGAAGAGAGCCGAGUGCAUGCUCCAGCAAGCGGACCGCCUGGGCUGCCGGCAGUUUGUGACCCCGGCGGACGUGGUGAGCGGCAACCCCAAGCUGAACCUGGCCUUUGUGGCCAACCUCUUCAACAAGUACCCGGCCCUCACCAAGCCGGAGAACCAGGACAUUGACUGGACGCUGCUGGAAGGUGAGACCCGUGAAGAGAGGACGUUCCGCAACUGGAUGAACUCUCUCGGGGUGAACCCUCACGUCAACCAUCUCUAUGGAGACCUGCAGGACGCCUUGGUCAUCUUGCAGCUCUACGAAAAGAUCAAAGUCCCUGUCGACUGGAAUAAAGUCAAUCGGCCACCUUACCCUAAACUGGGGGCAAAUAUGAAGAAGCUCGAAAACUGCAACUACGCCGUCGACUUGGGGAAGCACCCAGCCAAGUUCUCCCUGGUUGGCAUCGGAGGCCAAGAUCUCAACGACGGCAACCCAACGCUCACCUUGGCUUUGGUGUGGCAGCUUAUGAGGAGACAUACCUUAAACAUCUUGGAAGACCUUGGGGAUGGCCAGAAAGCCAAUGACGACAUUAUUGUGAGCUGGGUGAACCAGACCUUGAGAGACGCUGGGAAAAGCAGCUCCAUCCAGAGCUUUAAGGACAAAAGUAUUAGCAGCAGUUUGGCGGUGGUGGAUUUAAUUGAUGCGAUCCAGCCCGGCUGCAUAAAUUAUGACCUGGUGAAGACAGGAGAUCUAUCAGAAGAAGACAAGCACAGCAACGCCAAGUAUGCCGUGUCAAUGGCUCGGAGGAUUGGAGCCCGGGUCUACGCUCUUCCUGACGACCUGGUGGAAGUCAAGCCCAAGAUGGUGAUGACCGUCUUUGCCUGCUUGAUGGGCCGCGGAAUGAAGCGGGUCUGAGGAGCAAGCGCCAAACCAAAGGCACCCAAGCCCACCUCCCCAGUUCAGCUGUUUUCGGGACCGAAAUGCUGCCGGCUUCCAGGACUUCGUUUGUUGCGUCUUUGUGUUUUUUGAGAAGGACUCUUUGUUUGGCUUUGCAAAGUGGGAGUACGGUGGGAACCCCCUAAACCCAACCCAAACGCUCCCUUUUCCCAGCCCCAGAAAUUUUAAAGAGGGGGUUUUCUCAAGUGCAUUUGUGUGUCUCCCAAGAGGAGACGGCUGCUGGCAUCUUUGUCGCCUUUCCAGGACACAUCUCAUUCCUUUGUCUUAACCAAAUCCCCCCCAAAAGGCCCUUUUUAAUGAUUUGUGCUGGUCCACGUCAUAAUGAGUUUUUCAUUAAACUCAAGCCACGUCCAUUGCAGUCUCCAUUCAAAAGCUAUGCAGAUGCAACAUGUAGAGAAACCAAAAAGGGAGAUCUUGGCUGUAAAGAGAAAGGCUACAUAUUUCAGCAAAUAUAAUAAACGGUGCAAACCAGGCAUUCUUUCUAACAUUUUGCAUAACAUACGCCUGCGGUUUUAACGCUAUUCAGUAUGAUUUUAAGUCUGGUUCCAACUCCUGGAAAUCUUGUGACCAGGAAUCUCACAUUUGGAAAGGUUGCAUUGACCAGGCAUUGGUUCAAAUCUUCUCUUUCCAUAUUAGGAUUAGGAACAUGAGGGUGUUUUUAAAUAUUGUUAUUAUUUUGUGUUAGUUUUUUUUUUAAAGGGAGACUUCCAAGCUAUCAGGAAUCCAUAUUCUGUGCCAUCAUGGUAUGGAUAUAAGCAAUGGUACUUCCAAAGACAAGUCUUCCAGCAGUAUUUUCCAAAUACGGUGGUGCUCUUUUCCUGUACAGCUUCACCAUAUUUUCCAUUAUUUUGCUUAUUUUCUUUUUUUUUGGUAUUAAAAAAAUCACUCCUUUUGGGGGAGAAGGACCACCUUUUGAGGCAUUCAUCAGAGAACCAAACCAAUGCAAUUUCUAAAAAUCCAACUUCGGUUCUGUUCGUCUUUUCCCUUAGGCACCGAAACUUCUUUUUAGAUCUGUGGAUUUUUUUUAAAAAAAUGCAAUAUUUAAGAUACUAUUAUUUUCAGAGCUAGACAGAUGGGACCAGGUCAGUCCCACAAACAUCAGGGACUUAAAGAGCCAAACGUGCCGAGAAGGAAGAAACUAUUUUUUUAUAAAGGGAAGGGGGAAAAGGAAAGCGGCAUCACCAAAGAAGAAGGCCUUUUGUCCGUACUCUGGCUUUGGCAAAACGUUAGCUAUCCCUUGAGGUCGUAUUGCUGUCUUGAGUUACUCCAAAUGAUGUAAUGUGGUGGCAAAAGCAAUAGUUAAAAUAAAACCGUUUAAAUACAA